AUGGAGCCGUCUUCUACGGGGUUUGCCCGAUUCAAUGAUGGAUACAAUGUUCUAGCACACAAACCCAGUACUCAAAAAACUAUACAUCCAACAAACGUUGUUCGCAGAAACUCUCGCAAGAAAUCACAGAUAUAUGCCAAUAAAGCACAUUUCAUCUCCAAAGGAGAACUUCACGCAAUCAUCAGUUCGAAAGAAAGUCUUCAUAAUAUUCCGUCCCAUAUGAUGACCUACGAUCUUAAGCCAUCAUGGACCCAAUACGAAUAUAAUCCAGUGUUCAAAUACUCCAUAGUGAAGCCAACGGUGUCUAAUAAACAGUUGUUUCUAGAUACAACAGACAUGUCAAUUCGCGACUAUAUGACUCCUCGAUCGGUCGAGCUGCCUAACCAUCUCAACAGUCCUCUUCAAGGACUCGCAAAAUAUGCAUUGGACCAACCCAUAAAGUCGCUACCAAGAACAAACUACCAGCUGAAAAGAUCAAGUAAUAGACUCAGCACAAUGGCAGAAAUUAGUCUGGAGUCCAACUCAGAACAUUACAAUCGUAUCAAACAGGAGAUCUUUGGAAGAAACCUCCUCUGGGCAGAGUUGGAGCCAUAUUUGAUGACCAGAGACGAUAUCUGGAACAACGAUUACUUGUUAACUCGUCUUUUAUUUGAGAUAUAUCUACGUCGAGUGGUUGCAGCUAGACUGGCCGUCAAACUAGGAUCGAGCACUGCACACAGAGGAAAUGAGCACUGGGACGAAGACCUCAUCAGUUCGAUCUACGGAAACGAGCAGAUGUCGAUUUUCCGCGAACAAUCCAGUUCAAAUUCAUCAUCUUAA